AUUGAACUUGUUAUCUCAAAGAUACCGUAUCAGCAUUGCACAAGGCCGAACAAUCAGACCAGUAACGCAUUUCAUAUAAAACACCUCUUGAAUCGUUAUUUUGAAAGAAAAUUCUGUAAUUAUUUGUUCUUGUGAUCAUGAAUGAUGAAGCUGAAACAUACAGGCUUUGGAGAGUUCGUAGAACUAUCAUGCAGCUUUGCCAUGACAGAGGAUACCUUGUAACACAAGAGGAAUUGGACCAGACUCUGGAACAAUUCAAGGAACAAUUUGGAGAUAAACCAAGUGAGAACAGGCCAAGCAGAAAGGACUUGACCGUGUUGGUCGCUCACAACGAUGACCCGACCGAUCAGAUGUUUGUCUUCUUUCCAGAGGAGAAGAAAGUAGGCAUGAAGACCAUCAAAGCGUACUGCCAGAGGAUGCAAGAAGAGAACAUUACCAGAGCUAUUAUCACAGUCCAGGAGAAGAUGACACCAUCAGCUAAAACAAGUCUUGGUGACAUGGCACCCAAGUACAUCCUAGAGCAGUUCUUGGAAGCUGAACUUCUUAUCAACAUCACAGAACAUGACUUUGUUCCUGAGCAUGUAGUGAUGACAGGCGAAGAGAAGGCAGAGCUCCUCGCCAGAUAUAAACUCAAGGACCAUCAACUACCAAGGAUACAGGUCGGGGAUCCUGUGGCAAGGUACUUUGGACUUAAGAGAGGACAGGUUGUGAAGAUUAUUCGACCCAGUGAGACAGCAGGAAGAUACAUCUCCUACAGACUGGUGCAAUGACACAAACUCAUCUCAACCUUCCUUUUUAAAAAUAUAAUCUGUAAAUAGAGUCUGUACAGUAUCAUGUUACCAGUCCAAACUGAAGCUAGCAACCAAAACCAUCAACAUUAAAGGCCAUGUUUGAUGGUUCUGGGAAAUAGAACUGCAUCUUUGAUUAUUCACGCUUUAAAUGGGUUGUUAAGCUCAGCUAAAAUGUGAACAAAGUCAUGUAGUACUGCUGAGAAUGUUAUAUUCUGAAAAUGCACCAACACACAUUCCCUCAUAUGGGACUACAUGUUUUAUUAAUGGUCUGAUGAACCUGAUUUUAUCAUCUGUCUUUGCACAUUAUGUUUCAGUUUCAGUAAUUUUUUCAUGAUGGGGAAGCUGAAUUAUAGUUAAAGUUUUCAGGGUUAUACCAUGUAAUUUUUUUCAAAAGAAUAAGAGAGCUCUUUGGUUCUCAAUGAAUCGACCAGUAUGCUCCAAUUAUCAUAAGGAGAAUGACUGUAAUUCAACAUGUGUAUGGCACAUGCCACUCAUUGAAGUUUUGAAUAUAUAUAUGUGAUGUCAAUAUUGUUGGAUUCCAUUACAAUAACAGUGAAACCAUCUAAUAAGGAAUACAUAUAUCAAUCAUUAAAAGGUAUUUUUGCCUUCCUACUUUUUUGUACUAUAUUGUUUUUGAAUCCUGUUAUGACAAGAUUUCAAUACAGUGAAUAACGUCAUUUACUUGAUCCAAAUAUAUUUGUCAUAACAAGAGUCCACAUAUUUGUCUUCAUCAUUAGCAGAUCUCAUUCACUACCUUGAGAAGUCGUGAUGUGAUCAGAAUAUGAAGUUCAUUCCAAACAAAAUGAUGUUUAAAAGAUCUCAGGAAUCCUUAUGAACUGCAGAUUACAGAGCAACAACAUAUUGAUGAAGGUUGAAAUCGAGAUUAGUGGUACAGUAAUUGUUUCCGACAUCAUACAAAGUUUACCGUAACGGUAAACAAACCUUACCAG